GUGGCGCCGCUCAGGUUGCGAGCCCGCAGCCCCCGGCCCUCCUUCCUGCCCGCCUCCCCGGGCGGAGAGCACCCGGCCCGGCCGCCUCUUCCCCCCUCCCCGUCCCCUUCCCUCUCCCUUCCCUCCCGGCCCCGCUGCCAGGGGCGAAGCCGCCCGCCGGCCCCCCGCGGCCUUUUUUCUUGGAUUUUAGUACUGGAAAACUCUCUAAUGACAACUUUGCUUAGCUUUCAGAUUUCCAUCCAGUUUAGGAAGAAUUCACUGGACUUCAUUGCUCUGGAAAACGAGCCUGUCACUUCCUGAAGAGUGAUAAAGAGCAUUGGCAAAGAUUGUAACGUCUUGCAAGACCCGGCAGUGUUUCUGCGUAGUGUUUGUGGGCUGCCUGGCACAGCGUGUCCGAAAGGUCGGUUUUAGGUACAUCGGUGUUAUAAUACCUAACCAACCAAAGCACGGCUGAUUGAGCAUUGCCAGUGGUUCUUGACUUUGUACGUGACUUAGAAUGUACAGGAGUAACAAUGGCCCAUUAUGCACAGGAGGGUGAUGUAAUCGGAAUGAACUUGCUGGGAGUUGUCUUCUCCGGGAGGAAGCGGGAGCUUCUGUUCCUGAGAGAGACCUCCCAUCAGACCCAAGGAUCCACUAUCAGCCUUCAUACCCUUCCCUCGCAGUGCUUUUAGGGAAGUGGUAGGUCGGAGGUGGGGAACAUCUUCACGUGAAGCAAAAGCAAAUGGCUCUCACAAGAGGCUGAACAGUCCUCCAAAUGAGCAAAACAUGCAAGAUCACGACUUGAUCCUGGGCUUUUUCAAGGAGCUGAGCGUCGUGACCUGCCUGGUCCUCUCUGCUUGGUGUGGGAACGACCUGAAGGACAUCUUGGAGCCACCUGUACUGCUUCAUGCAGUUAAAUGUUCUGAGGUCAUGAAACUUAAUCCACAGCAAGCUCCAUUAUAUGGUGACUCUGUUAUUACAGUGCAGCUGACCGAGGAAGAUAAAGUUGAAGAUGAUGUAGUUUUUUACUUGGUGUUCACUGGGUCAACUGUCCAACACUGCACAAGCACGAGAAAGAUUAAUCCUGGGAGUCUGGAAACAAUUUCUCCUGGCCAUGACUGCUGUGAGACGGUGAAGGUGGCACUUUGUGCCUCUAGAGAAGGUCACCCUGUUCUGGUUGUGGCAGAAGACAGUUUCCAGUUUAUCCAGGAUGAAGCCUACGAUGCCGCCCAGUUUCUGGCCACCUGCGCUGGCAACCAGCAGGCACUGAACUUCACCCGCUUCUUGGACCGGUCAAGACCACCCGCUGCUGAUGUGGACUUUUUGGAUGAGAAAGUGGCUUUGGCAUUUCGACACCUGAAACUGCCGGCAGAAUGGAACGUGCUGGGAGCAGACCAGUCCCUGACCGAGAACAUCCCUCGGGAAACACUGAUGCAUUUUGCGGCGAGGCUGGGUCUGCUGCGGCUGACGUGGUUUCUGCUCCAGCAGCCGGGUGGAAGAGGAGCUCUCAGUAUCCACAACAACGAAGGGGCAACACCCGUGAGCUUGGCCUUGGAGAGGGGCUACCAGAAGCUGCACCAGCUUUUGACAGACGAGGAAGUCAGGGAACCGGACUCCUGGAGCACCUUGUCGCACACCGUGCACUCGGGGGACUACAGCGUGAAGUACCACCGCCGGCUCGAUGUUUAUAUGCUGACGGCUGAAGCCAAGGAGGGGGUAGCGGCCAGCUUGGAGUGUGACAUACGGCACCUUCAGAUGCACAUGCAGAGCCACCAGCACAUGAGUUUAAGGCAGCAGACAGAGCCUGUGCUGGGGGAUUCUGGAGACAGCUGUGCUAAAGGAGCAGAGCCAGAUGGUCACCCCACCGCUACCUCUCAGAGCCUAGAAGAAAUGGCAAGAGAAGGAAGGCAGGAAAGUCUGUCUGAUCCUGUUCACCUGGACGUCGGGCAGCUCUCGGACCAAACCCACCAGGAGGAGAAAUGCAACAGUGGGAGUUUGGGAGCUUUUAAUGAUGUGCCAAAUGACUUGCUGAGCCUGGAGGAUGCAAAGAGCCCAGAAUGCUUCUGUGAAAGUAAAAAUACAGUGAUGUUGAGUAAAAAGGAAGAGGAGGGGCCAACCUCUGCUGAAGGCUCCGGGACCAUAUCAGAUGAGGAGGACUACACAGUGAGCCCGUGCGCAAGUGUAAACGGUGCCGUAAAUCUUCCAUCCUGUGGAAAUACAAAUGAGGAGGCUGGAAUGACAUCUGCUGGAGUUGUUCUGGAGCAAGCCAGCUUGUGCAGUAAAGAUAGUCCCCACCAGGAAGCUCAGGCUGCCGACGGGCGUGCAGCUGGCAGUACUGUUACCGUGGUUGAACCUGCAGGUGAAGCCCCAGCUUCCUUGGAGGGCGUGGAUGUGGCUAUGGGCCAAACUGAAUGCAGGAACUGUACAGGGGCGGCUGAGAGGGCUGCGGGCCACCAGCAGGUAGAGGAUGGGAUGGCUGAGCCCGGUGAAAGGAGGACUGCAAACCUAGAAGAGCAGUUGCCAGCUAAGGAAGAAUCAGCCAGUACUGCUCAGCCCUUACUCAGUGAUUUUAAUUUCACUGAGUGUGCAGAUGGGGAGGAUACAGAUGUAGGAGAGGUACCGGCAUGUGACAAUACGAAAGCAGACAGUGGCACUGGUGAUGUCUCCGUCGAGCUUUGCAAGACUGGCGAUAACAAAGAGACUGGAGCAGACUCAUGCACUGAUCAGGUAAACAGUGGCUUCUUGGAAAGCCAAGGUGAUGCCUGUGUCGCAGCGAGGCAGGAUGUCACUGCGAGUGCUGGAGCAGCGUUGCCAGCAGUGAAUGGGGUGAAGGUUCCUGCGUGUGCAUCAAAACCUGGUCCUGGUUUGGAAAUCCAUAGCAGUGGAAAGAGUGGGGAGCAAGAAGGGCAGGUGGAUGUGGAUUGCACAGGUGGGAAAUCCAGCCUGGCCUCAUUGGAAGACUGUGUGGAAACUAAUGGCUCUGAUGCUGAACCUGAAAACGAUGACGUUGGUGGAUCUAAUCAAAGCAGUGCAGAAUCUGUGUGUUGCCAGGAGAGCGGUAAUAUCACUGAAUGUGCAGCCGAAGCAAUGGAGGGCAGUGAAGCCCCUGAAGAGCAGCUAGCAGGAACUGAUACCAGCAGCAGCGAUGGAGGAAGCACAAAUUCUGCAUGCGAAGGUCAGGAAGUUACUAGCUGUUGCCCUUCUGCUGAUCAAAGUGUUGUUAAAGAUGAAAUGGGCGACAGCUUAAAACUGGACGCUGCUCAAGAGACCAAACGUGAGCCUGCAUCGCUCCCUCCGGAGGAUGGAAGCACAUCCCUGGUAGAAAAAGAGCCUGCACAAACCGAAGCAGAGAUAGCGGAGAGUGCUUUGGAGCAGGAGGGGCUGAGGGGUGAGAUAAAAUUGCUCGCUCCCCUACCCAGAGGAGAGGGACCGGCUGUGAGUCAGGACGGAGAUGCAGCAGUGGCACCUCCCGGGCAGGAGGCAGCUCUGCAAGGUAAUGACCCUGGAUUAGCUCCGUGUGCCAAGGGCGCAGACUGUGUGGAGGAUAAUUUAUUUGGCACACCCUCUGUAAUUCAUAAUGAGGAAUCUAAACAAAACCAGGAAGCAGUGGCGGCGGCGGCGGCAGGCUCGGCAGAGCUCACCCAGCAGCGCGGCGGGGAGCAUGGCAGGGUAGCUGCCGGAGGCGGCUGGCCUGGGGACCAUGCAGGGGACGAGGGCUCUCCGGAGCAGAGCCCCGCGCAGCAGGCUGAAGGAGGCAAAGCUGAGCCUGACGGGGAGGCUUGUACAAGUGGCCAGGAGCAGGUUUUGUUGGAGGAACUUCUCGACGAAGUUGUGAAAUCCUCUGCCUGCAGUCAGGGAGGGCCUGCGGCAGGCGGCAACGAUGUGGAUGCUGGGCUGAAAGGGACGGUCCCCGCCAAAGAAGCCCACGAGAACGGGGCUGUGGGUGCAGGAGAAGGCACCAUGCACGGACCCGCAUCGGCAGGUGAGUCUCCAGGCGCGGAGAGCGACCCUUGUCCGGAUGCAGGGCUGAACAGGGAACACGAUCCCAGUCAAACCCACCAGCAAAUCUCCCCGCGCAGCAGCACCCCCGAAUUAAAGGAUGUUUCAGAAAUGGGAGCCCCGAGCGAUGCCUGUGGGGGCAAGGAAGUGUUAAGGCCGGUGGCAAUAACCCCUGUCACAGCAUAUCCGGAAGAGCAGGAGGAUGUGGAAAGCGUGCUUCCCCGGGCAGCGCUUCAGCCCAUCGCAGAAGAGCCCACGUGUGACAGCGACUCCAGCACCGACACUGUUUAUCCGGCCGGCGAGAGUGAUGCUGGUCCAACUGCGAAAGCAGCUCAGGGGGAGGUCUUGGCUGAGCCCGAUGGAAAGCAAAGCCGAGCCGUACCCGAAUUGCCCUUCUCGCCCUGUUCGUGCCGUUUACAUGCUGUUGAGUCACUGGAAAAUGUGGGAGUAAAGAGUUUGGUUUCGGCAGAUGAUGGCUUCUCUCUGGAUAAAGUUCCUAAAAUGGUAAAAAGUUUUGAUGCAGUCGUUUUUGCAUCAGAGACACCUUGUUCCCCUGAAUUACCAGCUGCAGAAAAAGUGGGGCUUGAGCCCCAGGCUGCAGUGGAUGUGGGAGCCAGCCUGAAUGGAGAAACGGAUUUAAGUUCCUCGACAGCAAAGAGGAGCAUCGACCUGGUGGUGCAAGGAGUGGAGUCUGUUACAGGUAGGAAAAAUCACUUGGUUUCCUACUUAGGUUUUUUCUUUGUAGGUGUGCCUCUAGCAUCUCAUCACCAAAGGAAGGGAAAUAAGAGCAGGACAUCUGCCUUGUAGAGGAAGCGUAGUUGUUCAGGUCUUUCUUCUAAGAAAGAAGAAAUUUGAAGUUACGUAUUAAAACUUUCAGUUCAAGUGCAUGUUGCUUGGCUGGCACUGGAGGUAAGGACAGGACAUCAUCUCCUGUGAAUUUGUGCAGAAGAAUUUCUAGCAUGUGAGUCCUGCCUGGAGAAGGAAUGAAUGGGAGGGAGCUACGUGGAUUGCUGUAUCUUAGAGUUAGACGCUUUCACGUGGGCCUGAGCACUGUUAGCACUAUUCCUUCGCUUCUCCACUUUAUUUCUGAUAACAUGGAGUCAGAGAGUACGACGGGGCUCUCUUGCGUUUUCUUUGCUUGUCUGCUUGAAACAGCUGCCAGCGUUCUGAACUGUGCAAAGCCACUUCCUAAUUGGUGGUAUUAGGUCAUUUAAAAAAGCCAGCAAGCCCUACCCCCACCGCCUUUUCCUGGCUGCACAGCUUUUUUUGUCAGGCAGAGCAGCCGGUGGUGUUUUCCAGUGCAUUUAAGCAGUACUGGAACUCGGCUGAUGAGUUUUGCUUGCUGCAGUCGGCUGGGAAGCGGGACUGGCGUUCCCCGUGGAUGAGUGGUGAUGGGGGAGAGCGGUGGCACUUGGGGGACAGUAUAGACAUCUGGUGCCCGCGUGACAAGAGCUAAUAGAAAACGUCACCAGGUAACUUCAGAAGGGGAAAUAAAGGGAUAAAUUGAAUGAAAGAGAAAUGGGUUGUUUGCUCCAGUCUGGAAUUAAAUCAUAGGUGAAUUUGCUACUGAAGCAUGGAGCUAAUCUGAUCUUUAUAUUCCACCUGUUCAGGCAGCUGUUAAAUGGAAGCAGCUGAACUUUUUCAGUUGCCAUUUAUUUCUUUGCUAUGAGCAAAUGAUACAGUGCCUCUUGCUUUCCCAGCACCAAACAAACAAAACAUUUAAAUGAUUAAAAAAAAAAAA